UUUGAAGUCAUACAACAAAGCGGAGAGACGCUUUUUAUUAAAGCCAAGAAGCUUAAAGGUCUUAAUUCACCUUAUCAUCAAGUUCAAGAUGCCAGAAAUUGAGGCGAUGAUCUUUUUCUUGAUCUCUUUUCUCUUUCUAAACUCGUUUGUCUUGGCCACCAUAAGAGAAGAAAGCCUCAGAUUAGCCCAGUUUCGCCCCCAGAAAGGGAAAGUGCUAACUGGUCACRUGAUAUCAAGCCAUCACGUGGUAUCGCCAGUUAAUUGUAGUUUUCUAUGUACAAGCAAUGCCCAGUGUUUGUCGUACAACUACAAACCAAAAGGGGCUGRUGACAAGGAUGUCUGUGAGCUGAACAACGCUACCAGAAAAUCCAACGCAGGAUCUUAUCAGGACGAUGCUCUGUACAUCCACUACUACGAUGCACAAACAGAGGAUGCCAAGUCUUGUCUUGAUUACCUUCGAAUKGGAGCCAACGAAGAUGGUAACUAUACCAUUACACGCACCGAUAAUGGUAAAGAAUCUAAAAUCUGGUGUGACCUCAGCUCAGAGCCUGGAUCUGCAUGGACUCUCAUCCUCUCGUAUGCCCACAAGAACAGACAGGACAAUGUAUUCUGUUCGGCUUCUUUUACCAAAGACAAACAAAGGCAGGUCAAUAAUCCAAACUGGGAAAACUAUCGUUUAGGUUUUGGUCGGAUGAAAUCCAUUUCAGASCAAUCAACACAUGUCAGAGUGACGUCAAGUUUUCCUGUUUAUGGUGUCGAUUAUCGAGACUACUUGAGAGCCAAGAUUUCAAGUGUAGACAUCUUGAGUUUUACUGGGGCUAAAGUCUGUAAGACUGUAGAAUACAUUGACAUCCGAGGCAUCAAGGGAAAAGAUAUCACAGUGCCAUUCUGGCAAAAUGAUGUGUUUUUUUYCCACACCGACAGUUCUGRGAGMCMYUGCCAGUAUGAUGCCACCAGUGGAUCRGUAAACAGUGAAAAUAAUUUUGGCACAACGUGCCUUGAAUUUAACCCAGCGACUCGAGGAAGCGCGAAUGACGASAGCACGAUUCAAUACUGGUUUGGUGGAUAUUUAUAAUCUACUGGAUCUCAUUUCCCGGAACGUCUGCAUGAAAAAAAAAAGCAAUACAAACUAGACUAAAAUGCAUUUUGGUUAUAAUAGUCAUAAUUUAAACUAGUGAAUUCUCACUUUCUUAAUAUUACUGUCUUGUACGCAUUAUGUGUAUUUCAGGCUUUAAAAAACUAGUUUCGUUGUUACAACCUCCUCAGUUUGGUUAUCCCUAUCUAAAAUAAGAUUAUCAGCCGGCUAUUUUGGCCGUUUUUAACAUUCCCUCAGCAGAUAAUUAAGAUUUUAUUAUUAUCAUUAUAGUUAUUAUUCUGCAGAUUUUCUUACUCUUACUAUAACAAUACAAUGAGUACAUUAUCAAAUAUAACACUCAGAAGAAGGCGAAGAAGAAGAAGAAGAAGAAGAAGAAGAAGAAGA